UGUGGUUAUUAGUAGAUGACAGGACAAGACAGUAUUAUAAAGGAAUGGUUGUGUCUGUGGAGGUUGGGGAACUGGGUUUCGGGACUCUUACUGCAAUUUAACAACUACUCUGUGCCCUAGAUUAGAAACCAAAAAGAGCGAGAGAGAGAGAGAUAAUUAUGUUGGAGAGCAGGGGGGUUGGAAUCGGAGGGAUGAUUAUGGAAGAAAUGCAUCAAAAUCAAUCAGGAAUUGGAAUUGGAUUAGGAAUGCAAGGAGGAGCCCAAGUUGUGUUGACUUCCGAUCCCAAGCCUCGCCUCCGUUGGACUGCCGAUCUUCACCAACGCUUCGUUGACGCUGUCUCUCAGCUCGGCGGUCCCAAUAAAGCCACCCCAAAGGCUAUCUUGCGUACAAUGAAUGUCAAGGGAUUGACCCUCUUUCAUUUAAAGAGCCACCUUCAGAAAUAUAGACUGGGUAAGCAAUCGGGGAAGGAUAUGAGCGACACAUUCAAAGAUGGAUUAUCUGGCUCGUAUCUCUUAGAAAACCCUUGUACUGGCAACUCUUCUCUGAAUAUGACAGCUUCUGAUGUGAAUGAAGGUUAUGAAGUCAAAGAGGCAUUACGCGCACAAAUGGAAGUGCAAAGCAAAUUGCAUCUACAAGUGGAGGAACUAUUUCAAGUGGACUUUACAUCUGGCUCUACACCUCUUUUACUGAGGGGCUCUAUGCACCAGCUGGCUGAUCUUCAUAUGUUAUUAUGCAGGCUGAGAAGCACUUGCAUAUUCGCCUGGAUGCAGAACGAAGAUAUCUGGCCAUGCUCGAGAGAGCUUGUAAGAUGCUUGCCGAUCAAUUUAUUGGUGCUGCAGUUAUUGAUACAGAUAGCCAGAAGGGGUUGGGAACCAGGACAACUAGAAUUGCCUCUCUUGAUCCACUUGGCUUUUACUCCUUACAAACCUCUGAGGUGGCUGAAGUGCAUGGUCCAGAGGAUGUACUGCCCGGUCUUCAUCACCAAGGGGCUGAUUGUUCUACCGAAAGCUGCCUGACUUCUAACGAGAGUCCUGGAGGUUUGAAUUUGGAAGGAUCUCCAGCUGGAGGGAAGAAAGGGAUGCUGAGCUUGGAGUCAGCAACAUCUUUGAUCUGGGGUGAAACAAGAAUGGGAAAUGCAGAAGUUAAUGCGACCCAAGUCAAUUCCUAUGGCGCCUCUCUGUAUGGAAUAUGGAAUUGAAAAGCCCGGGAUCAUCAUCUUAUGUGAUUAAGUAAGAUUCUCCUGUUCGACCAAGCGAAUGAAUGCAGAUCCGGUCAUGUGGACAAGUCGACAGGCAGAAAUAUGUGGUGGAGAUGGCUUGUUUCGUAAGUGUAAAUUCAAAUUGUGAAUCACUAACAGGAUUAUGCGAUUUCUUGCCAAUCACUCUCACACUUUUGCUGAUUAAAUUGCCUACUAGUUACGUUAAACUAGUAUUGUCACUAUAUAUAAUUCAUCAUCUUCUCAUAAAAAUACAGUCUCCUCACUUGAAAGAAAGAAAGAAAAAAACUGUUCCGAUGACUUAAUUUGAUAUAAACGAUGCGUGGAAAGGGAAUGAGGUGGUGUUAAUGAAAGCAGCUAUCUUUUGCCGUGAUAGAUGAUGAGCUAUUCAGGGAAAAGAUGACUUGGUUACAAGAAUGCGAUUAAUACAAGCCAUGGAAGAUCAAAGAUCUUGUCUUCAGAUGGAUGGAUGGUUACCUGGUGGGUCAUACGAGUAGCUUAAUUAGAAAGAGGAGUAAUGAAUAGAGUAUUAAAAGAGAUUGGAUAUGGGAAUGUUUGGGAAAGUGGGGAGAAGAAGAGGAAGAAGAAGAGCCAAACACAUAACAAUCAUCGAUGAAAGGAAUAAAGAAAAGGGACAGAGAAUUUGACGGAAUAUCCAUUCCCUCAUUUUUAAAGGGGAGAGAAAAACGGAAUAUGACAAAUGAAGAUUCCGUGAGAAGGCCGUUUGUCCUCACUCGCAUUUCUAAUCCUAUUCUUCGCUGUCAUGUAUUGUAUUUAUCAAACAUGAUGGAUACCAGUUAAUAACAACUUUGCCCCACCCCCCCCAAAAAAAAAAAAAAAAAAAAACUAGUGUCCGCGGCCCGCUAUAACGCAGUCCCAUAAUAAAUAAACAUUACCCUCCAUUUUUCGGUUUAUUUAUUCAUUUAUUCUGGUGGUGGGAGUAAAACAGUGCGUUUUGUGUGCUUUAUAGGGUCGGUCCGUCCGCCGGUUCGUGUGGAUUUGUCAUCUAUAUAUUAAUUUACUAUUAUGGACAAACGAUUCUGGAUGAUGGGGUUUGAAGGUUCAAAUUCACUCGAGGGUUCUCAAACACAACUUAUUUAUUUUUCUUAAAAAAAAAAACAAAAAAAGGAAGAGGAAGAAGAGAAGAAGAAGAAGAAGGGAAAGGCUAGGAGAAGAAAGAAAGUAAAAGAAAAGAAAACAAUCGUGUGACUGUGUGGUGGUCAUUUGGGUCAAGCAUUUCCAACUCCUCCCCCCCUCUCUCUCUCUC